UGAUACCGCGUGUGUUUGUGUAACAUGUUAAGAAAUGCAUGUCCUUUAAUGCAAUGACAGAAGCGCCUCCAUGGCGGGACAUAUGAAGAAGCAGUUCAAGGACGCAUUGAAGAUCAUCAGCUCGGGUAGCCUUCUGUUUGCCUCCUACCUCACUGCAUUGGGAGAUGAACGUUUCUAUGCCAAUCAGCUGAUGCCCCUGCUGCAAAGGUGUGUGGGGGCAGAGACGGCGCAUGUGUUGGCAGUGAAGAUGAUCGGUCUGGGGCUGGUUCCUCUGAACCGCUACCAGGACCCCGCAUCAUUGGAAGUGAAAGUCCUGGGUUUAAAGUUCAAAAACCCAAUUGGGAUUGCGGCGGGCUUCGAUAAGCACGGAGAGGCCGUCGAUGGGUUGUACAAGGUCGGAUUCGGCUUUGUUGAAGUGGGCACAAUCACUCCCAAACCUCAGGAGGGGAACCCCAAACCACGUGUGUUUCGACUCACUACAGACCAGGCCAUAAUUAACAGGUAUGGAUUCAACAGCUGUGGUUUGGCCGAAGCUCAACAGAGGCUGAAGGCCAGGGGCGACACACAGCAACAGCAAAGUAAAGCUGGCUGUCCCCUGGGCAUCAACCUUGGGAAGAACAAGCUGUCCCAUGACGCAGGAGCAGAUUACUUGGAGGGGGUGCGGGUGCUCGGCCCGCUGGCUGACUACCUGGUGGUCAACGUCAGCAGUCCCAACACGCCGGGUCUCAGGGAUCUACAGGGGAAGGAAGAGCUGCACCAACUCCUACAAACG